CACACGGCGCGUUUCACGUUGUUUUUUUUUUUUACGUCUGCGACGUAAGUAAGUCACGACUGUCUGUCUGUUGCAUCAAACAGCGAACGGCUCGGUUUUGCCUGACCUGAAAUAUGCCACAUUCACACAGGAUCGACAUGUGUCACCAAACUAGAAAUGGCAAUCUUCCCGCAGCCUGACUGAUUAAGCUAGCCAGCCACUUGGCUACCUCCUAGCCCAGGUUAGCUGAGUGCAGUCGGCGCAUCACGAACCAACAAGCAGCUACCGAGAGAAGAUGGCGGAGUACUCGCCUGUCCUGCCGAUGAGGGAUGGUGGAGCGAGGUUUGGUAUCGGACAGCCCAUCUUUCCCCGGUCCCGGUCCGGUUCAGAAUCCGAUAGUGAACUGUCUCAGAGUCUGGCCCGAACCAAGAUCCGGUCUUACGGGAGUACGGCUAGCGUAGCGGCUUCUCUCGGCGAGAAAUACAUAGAGCAUCGGGUCACAGACAGCGACACUUUGCAGGGCAUAGCCCUCAAAUACGAAGUAACGAUGGAGCAGAUCAAGAGGACUAACAAGAUGUUCAGUAACGACUGUAUCUUCCUGCGUAACACCCUCAACAUCCCUGUGGUCUCAGAGAAGACCUCUCCCUUCAACGGCCUGUCUCUAGAGUCCCCCGACGGAGAUCCCCAGGACCAGGACUUCAACCCCCUUUGUGUGGGGCAGGACAGGGACACUGAGGAGGACCCCUCGCCACCUCUGGCCCCUGGGGAUAAGGACAGUAGUAGUUAUAAACGGCCCCAGCCGGAAGAGCUGUCGGCUCAAGACUUCCUGCACAGACUGGACUUGCAGAUUAAACAGUCAAAGCAGGCAGCACGCAGGCUCAAAGAAGAGGAAGUGAGGGACAGUGAAGAGGAAUACACACUUCCUGUUUCAUCAUACCAGGAGAUCUAAAGGACACAGUCGUUUACCUGAAGCCCUGAUUAACACCCAUCCACCCAUCAAUCCUUCCUACCUUUCCCUUCCUGUAUCUCUUUUACCAAACCAUCACACUGUCAUGUCAAAGUGUUUCAACUGAGGAUUCAUCCUUUGCCUUUUUAAUAUUAGUGUCAUUAUCAUACGUUUUAUUAUUAGUAUUCUUCUGGUUUUGUACUGUUCAACUGCUGUCAAUCAUCUGAACAGCAGGUAGUCUGUUACUAUGACACUCAUCCACUCACUACACGUCUACAUGCUGCUGCUGUACAGAAUAACUCCCUGGUCUGUGUAUACCACACACACACAUGCAUACACAGGAAACACACAGGUGUGUGUGUGUUUGGGCGAUUAGUUCGAUACUGGCUUUUACCCUAACUCUGAUGAUCCAAUCCCUCCUAGAAUAGCAUCAGUCCACCAGAUGGAUGGAGAAGCCUCCAGUAUUACCUCCUCUUCCUCCUCCUCCUGUCUUCCUCCUCUUUUCCUCCUCCUCCUUCUCUUCCUCCUCUCCUCUCUUCUUCCUCCUCUCCUCUUCUUUUCCUCCUCCUCCUCCUCUCCUUCUCCUCUCUUCCUCCUCCUCUGCUCCUCUCUUCCUCCUCCUCCUCAGUGUUUGAAACUAGGCUGCUUCCAUAAUGGCAGCCUAUUUAUACCCCAACAUUGUGUGCAUCCCAAAUGGCUCCCUAUUCCCUAUGUAGUGCACUACUUUUGACCAGGGCCCGUAGGGUUCACUACUUUUGACCAGGGCCUGUAGGGUUCACUACUUUUGACCAGGGCCCGUAGGGUUUUGGUCAAGAGUAGUGUAUAACAUAGGGAAUAGGGUACCAUUUUGGAUGUAUCCCUCGACUGAAUUCUCAACCAGAAGCAGUGGAUGGGAGGGUUGGUGGAGCUGUGGAUGGGAGGGUUGGUGGAGCUGUGGAUGGGAG